AAGUCGAGUCAGUAUAUAUUUGGGAGAAAGCGAUGUUGAGCUACCUUUCACUUUUCUUGGUCCUGUUUCACUGUGUGUCAGCUGGUCAGGAGAAACACUGGUUAUGUGUUAAAACCCCUCCCCCACGCUUUCGGGACCUGCACGCCUCCUGUCCCUCGGAACAGUGCUACUCUCUGCAUCUUUUUGCGUGCUACAACGAAGACUGCUGUGCCUUAAACAUCCGGCCAGAUGGCAACGCCAGUAUUCCCAUAUUUGGACGCGGAAUAAACUUGGCUACAGUAACCGACAUUCAAAUAAACGAGGCGUCCGGUUUAGUUGCAAGCCGAUUACAUGCCGGUGUGCUGUACACCCACAAUGACAGCGGGGACCGGGCGCGGAUCUUCGCCGUGGACUCGGAGGAUGGUGGGACGUUAGCAGUUUACGAUAUUGCCUCAGCUACUCAUCAUGACUGGGAGGAUAUGGCUGUUGGCGUGUGUCCCUCAGGAUCAGGAUCUUGUAUAUACAUUGGUGAUGUUGGCGGGAACUACGGAGACGCUGGAAGUGUCAAGAACAUCUACGUGGUAGAAGAACCCAAGGUUAUUUCCGGGAACGACACCCUACCCCUCCUCGCAAAACUUCAUUAUAACUGGGAUGUGUACGACACAGAAACACUGAUGAUUGAUCCCACAGGGGACGUUAUUCUGAUCUCCAAGGUACAAGGAGGGCGUGGCUUAGUGGGCUAUAUACCCUCCAUUGCAUUCUACACUGCACAACAAUUCCCAUUUCCUCAAUCUUACAACAUCACCAACUCCACUACACUGAAUAUUCCUCUAACUGAUGACGUGGACCCGCUAGGAGGGGACAUAUCCCCCAAUGGUCGAGAAGUUGUCUUGAGGACACACCACAAGAUCUAUUACUGGAUGGUCAAUAACAGGGAGUACCUCACAACACUAAACACGACCGAGCCCUUGGAGGUGCCACAGAAGAAGGAACCCCAGGGUGAGGCCGUAUCCUGGGACACCCGUGGGGAGGGGUACUACACCCUCAGUGAGAGGGAAAAUCAACCGCUGUACUACUUCAGAAGGCUGUUUUAAAUGUUAAAAUAAGAUACAAUGCCAGACAUAUUAAUUUUUCUCAAUCUUUAAAUCUUUUUUAACAAAUGUAUAUAUAAACUUUCAACAAGUUUGACUGAAAAAAGAUACAUGAAUGCAUUCUACUGUAGCAAAUUUCUAAAAUAUUUUUUUUACAAUUUUGUAUCUUAUACUUUUGAUAAAAGCCUUGUCUUGUU